CAUUUAUUGAUGCCUUUGGCUACUAACUCAAAGCAGAUCAACUACUCGCCAGAGAGCACAAUUUCCAGGUGAAGCUGUCCUAUCCAGCGUUGUUUACACUUUUUAGUUCGUUAGGAUGAUGCGAUUCUCCUUUCUUCUGUGCCUGGCCCUUUUUGUGGGUGGAACCACAGCAUUCCAAGUUUCCACACCCAUGGUUGCUGCCAGCCAUGUUGUGCCCAAGUUCUUCUUUGGCAGCAGUGAGACAGCCCUGCAAAUGAGCAGUUCCAACGAAGACCAAAAGAAGAAAACGAAAGGACCAUUCGAUGAAGGAUUGCGAACCAAAUUGGUUUCAGAGAGUAUUGCACCCUGGAGGACUCUGCGAUUGUUCCUAUACGGAUCAUUGGGAUCUGGUGCCGCUGUGGGUGGAUUCAUCACUCUGGCGGGAACAUUGGCUGCCCUUAGUGGUGCCAGGACCGAUGUCGACUUGAAUACCGAGUACGUUAACUUGGCCAUUGACUUUGGAGCCGUCUUGGCAUUUGCAGUAUUGGCCAAAUUUGAUUUGGACAAGGGCGCUGAAUUGGAGGGAAAAGUCGACGAAAAGAUUGAACGAAAACGACAACAAAAGGGAGUCGUCCGUGAAAUGAAAAAGAGAGAAAAGGAACUACAAAACUUGGACUUGGAAAUUCAAGUAUCGCUCGAUGGGACCACCAAAACGGCUUCGGUCCGAGAUCUACAACUCGGGGCCAAACAACACAUGAUUAUCGUCGUAGGCCCCAGAAAGGCUUGUCGUGAUGCACUGAUCGGGGCCAAUUUGCUCAAAAUGGAUUUCGCCAUGUCCAACGUAUUGGUGGUCCCUUAUGAUUUGGAGGCGCAGCAAGCAGGCGAUUCUGGUGCUGCUGCAGGCUUUGGGGAACGGCCAUCGUACGAAACGCAACCAUACGUAGCAAGAGCCACUGGAGACGAUUGGGCCGCAUACAUUGCAGAAGAAAUGAAAGACGCGGUGGAGCAAAGUGGUGAAAAUGUCAAGGAAGAGGGAAUUGCUAUUGUGGUGGCCAAUACAGGAAAUGUUAUACGUCGUGGUGUUGGUACCGUUCCAUGGAGGCAAAUGGUCGAACAGCUUCAGACUGGCGAGGUCGUUGAGUGAGCAAAGCUCAACUCUCUCCUGAAAUGACAAAAAGGCAGCGAAUCAAUCACACACGGAGCAAAACAGGAAGAGCUGCAGAGUACGCAACAACAACAAUUGGCACAGACAACGACAACACGGCAAAAUCUACGCGGCUACCCUCGACGGCCGUUCUGAAUGCACGCAUAGUAUAGUAAUAGCAGACUGUGUAAGAC